CGGACCCCGACCUGCCCACAUGAAUCGGCCGGGCGGCCGGUCAACUCCACGGCGUUAAUGUCCAUCUCGGGUCCGACGAGACCAGCUCAGAGGGGCCUGUGUUGGAAGGAGAUCUAAGAUGAAGUUAUGGGAUGUUGUGGCUGUCUGCGUGGUGCUGCUCAACACGGUCUCCACCUUGCCCCUGCCCACCGGUAAGACGCCUCCCAAGGGGUCCCCUUCAGUGGUAGAGGGACCUGAAGAUGAUCUCUCCCCCAUCAGCCUGCUGCCUCCCUAUGCUGUGCACAGUGACUCUAAUAUGCCAGAGGAUUACCCAGAUCAGUUUGAUGAGGUAGUGGACUUUAUUCAAGCCACUAUUAAAAGACUGAGGAGGUCACCAGAUAAACAGACUCCGAUUUUUUCUAGGCGGGAGAGAAACCGUCAAAAUGCAGCUGCGAACAUAGAGAAUUCCAACAAAAAAGGAAGGAGGAAUCAAAGGGGCAAAAAUCGAGGAUGUGUCUUAACAGAAAUACAUUUAAAUGUGACAGACUUGGAUUUGGGAUAUGAAACCAAAGAAGAGCUGAUUUUCCGGUAUUGCAGUGGAUCUUGUGAUGCAGCUGAGACCACCUAUGACAAAAUUUUAAAAAACUUAACCAAAAAGAAAAAACUGGUCACUGACAAAGUGAGGCAAGCAUGUUGCAGACCCACAGCCUUUGAUGAUGACUUGUCAUUUUUGGAUGAUAACCUGGUUUACCACAUACUGAAAAAACAUUCCGCAAAAAGGUGUGGAUGCGUCUGA